UAAUUACGGACAUGUACAUAAUUUAAUUACAGUACUGGAUAAUAAAAUUAUAUGCGACAACAUCCUUCAACUACGCGUUGUUCUGGUCAUCGAGCGAAGCUAAUCAAAUUCAUUAAUUGUAAUAAUUUGAAUUAAUUUACUGACAUUUACAGGUCUCGUAUAUAAAAUGGCGAUCUGUCUAUCAAGGAUGGUUAGUUAAUCCACAAAAAUGUGUCGAGAUAUUUACCAAUGUGGGAUUCAUUUUUAGGAAAUUACUGCUUGAUUUAAUCUUAUUUCUUUACACAAUUCAUCGUUUCCAUAUUAAUUAUGAUGGAGUAACGGCGACUGUUUCGCUGUUUGUUGACAUUGGUCUUCAGAAGACUUGGCUCUUCUUUACAGAAUCUAAUUACAGAUCGGUAAUCAUUGAAAAUCAUAAUUGAUUUGUGGAUAAUAUUCUUGGAAGUUCGACGUUAAAAUUAAUACACCCCAGAGUGUUGUGGCCGAUAUUCAUUGAAGGUAGAGGAAAUUAAUUACUUUGAGGUAUCUUUGUAAUUUAUCGAAAGCAAACAAAUCAUCAACCUGCUAUUAUACCUACGAUAGUGUACUUAUGUCCAAUAACUAACGGGAGCAAUGUAUGAUAAACCCUGUCAAUAGUUUAGAUGGAAAGUUAAAAAUCAAAAUGGGAAAAGAAUUUGUUGAAAAUACUAGUGUGUUUACUUUUCUGUCGGAAUUUGACCAAGUCUGGCCUGGACAAAUAGUAAUAGAAGUUAUUAUACUUGUUAUAAUAAUGAUAACAGCAUUCACAGGGAAUAUUAUGGUAAUUGUUGCAGUAUACAGGCGUAAAAAAAUGCGGAAUGUCACGAACUUUUUCAUUUCAAACUUGGCUAUUGCUGACCUUCUGUUUGCAUCUUGGAUACCAUUCAUUGCCGCGACAAGAAUUACACGUGACUGGAUUUUUGGUAACGAGAUUUGUAAGCUGGUAACCUUCAUGCAGUUCUUGUCAGGAAUUAGUUCCAUCUUGACUAUGAUGGUGAUCAGUAUCGAGAGGUACACAUGCGUAAUGUAUUCUCCUAAUCGAAAGAUGACCGGCAAGGUAUCUCUGAUUUGUAUAGUACUUGUAUGGAUAUUGUCCGCGUGUUUUCCAAUACCAGUUGCUUUUGCUCAGUCAAAAAUGUCAAAAACUAUAAAAGGCGCCACUUACACUUUUUGUGGAAUAGAAUGGCCACAUAAUUUCCACACCGAUGCAUAUUUGGCCUCUAUGGGAGUUUUAUUUUUCCUAAUUCCUUUACUUGUUAUAACUCUGAAUUAUUAUAGAAUUUAUAGAUUAGUUAAAAUGUCAUCAAGUGCUGCUUGUCAACAUAGAAGUGAAUCGUCAUCUAGAAAACAAAUAAGAUUAGUGAAAAUGUUUGCCGCCAUUGUAUGCGUAUUCGUAAUAAUGUGGUUACCGUUCUUUGUUUUAAGUUUUCUUGCAGUAAAUUAUAACCAAAUAACAUCGAGUCAGUUUACGGUCACAAUUAUUAUAGCUUUAUUGAACACAUGUCAAAAUCCAAUUAUAUACGGAUAUUUUAAUUUAAAAUUUAGAAAGGAAUUCAAAGAUAUGUGUAAAUGUUGCACUCAAGAAGUAUGUACUAAUGGCAGAAAGCUGACAUAUACUGUUCAAACUGGUAUUACUAUGUCAAACCAAGGAGCAAGCCAAACAUAAAUAACGCAUAUACUGUUCUAAAUGGUAAAGACCAAACUAUGUCAAAAACAAGGAACAAGCCAAAAAUAAAUGACAGAUACGGUUCAAACUGGUAUUGUUAGAACUUCUAGUAUGUGAAAACCAAGGAACAAGCCAAACAUAAUUGACAUUUAAUGUUCAAAUUGGUAUUGAAAGAAAUAUGUCAAACCAAGGAACAAGCCAAACAUAGUUGACAUUAUUGUUAAAACGUGUAUUGAUGGAACCGUAUGUCAAACCAAGGAACAACUUAAAGCCAAACAAAUGACAAAUAUAUUUAAAACUGGUAUUGGUAUGAUUAUAUUUUGUCAAACCAAAGAACAAGCCAAACAUAUAUAUAUGACAUAUAUUGUUAAAACUGGUAAUGAUAUGACUAUUUCAAACCAAGGAACAAACCAAACAUAAAUGCUUUAAAAUCCCACGAAUAGUACAAUAGAUCUGACAAACAGGCAUUUACCGAAUCUUUGAUCGUCAAAAAACAGCUAAGAAUACCAGACUUUACACUUACCAAAAUCGUUAGUAUUUAGAAGAAUAUAUACUAUCAAAACACGUUUAUAUAAACAUCAUAAAAUAAAGCUAUGAACGUAACCUAUCUUCUAAAAUAUCGUAGACAUAAAGUAAUUAUUUUCAACGGAUUGGUAUUUUUCUUAUUUUGCUGUACGUUGGACAAAUUGACUUUGGCUGUCAUAACACACAAAAUAUUUUUAUAUACGAAAUCAAAUUUUUGGUUGAGGUAUCAUAAAUAAAGAGGAUAUAAAGGUAUUUAUGAGGAGGCUUACAUACGGAGGGUAUAAAUAAAUAUAUACAGAGGUAUUUGUGAGGUUGUAUUGGUAUCCUCGAUAUAGAAGUGUUUACUCCAUUUAUUCUUUUUCGAUGGAAAAGGGGGUGGGGUAUUUUAAUAGCUUUUUGAGAUUUUAUUGUCAUUGUAAUUAGGUGUAAUGAUUAAGAUUUGACGACAGAUCGCAUUCGUUUCAUUGAAUAGCUUUUGUAUAUGCCAUUUUGGUAAUAGUUUAAGUUUGUUGAUUUUA